AAUUGAUUUGUUUUGGCUCUUUUCUUUUGGGUUGUCGUGUCGCGUACCAUUGUCGUAUUGUAAACAAAUAAGAUUUUUCAUAUUUCAUCACUAAAUUGAAAUGCAUUUAAUAUUCAUUCUGAUUGCUAACCUCUUAUUAACAACGGCCGAACAAGAUUUAUCUGAAGGCACCUGCGACGCUGCUGUGAAAUCGUGCCAAAAUGAUCCUCAAAACCACGACACCAAAUUCUUGUUCUACGAUGUGAAUCCUCCCGAAGGUUUUAAUUUGCGGCGAGAUGUAUACAUGCGGUUCGCUGUUAUGAUGUCGGAGACCCAUAAAAAGGGUAAAAAGUUGGAUUGGAGACUGGUUUUGCCUCCUUGGUAUCGCCUCUACCAUUGGAGAUCUCAAAGGAUGAUCGGCCAGCCAUUGCCUUGGAGCACAUUUUUUGACGUCAAUUCUCUGAAGUCCUUCGCUCCUGUAGUAGAAUUAAACGAGAUAUUAACCAACGAAACAUCCAACACCCUUGAAAUUGACACUGUGUAUGUCCUACAAAAUUACGACGACCCUUUUGAAGGUGGAAUAUUUGCUGACAAGUGGCAAGUCAAUAAAGAUAACUGCAGGUAUGAUGGGGACUUCUGGGGACACGCUAAUGUAAAAGCUAAGGAAAUUGUAUGUGUAAGAUUUCAGGGACAAAUCUCUAGACUCUGGGAGCUAAUAUCUUUACAUCCGUCAGAUAAAAAUGUUAUGUUCGCACAUGGUGAAAUAGCUUUACAUGAUUCGUAUGGUACUAAAAAUUACUGGGACUGCCGUAAAAGUAUGAAAUUCAAUGAAAAUCUUGUUAAAACUGCAGAAUAUUACAUUGAAAACAAUUUAAACUGUACAGAAAAGCUGUGUAAAUCAUACAUGGCUGUGCAUUGGAGAAGGCAGGACUUUACACGUAGCAGACACAAUGAUGUUCCAUCGUUGCAUGGUACCAUCGACCAAAUCGACCAUGCUGUAAGAAUGCAUCUUAGAAAAAUUAAGAAAAUUUUCAUUGCAUCUGACGCUCCAACUUCUGAACUAAACCUUCUGAUAGACGAGCUGGAGUAUCUCAAAUAUGAAGUAUUCCAUUUCACUCCAAGUAAAACAGAAUUAGAGCUAUUCAAAGAUGGCGGUGUGGCCAUCAUAGAUCAAAUCAUUUGCUCUCACGCUGCCUACUUCAUUGGAACACAUGAAAGCACCUUUACAUUCAGAAUUCAAGAGGAGAGAGAAAUUUUGGGUUUCGAUAGUGACACUACGUUCAACAGACUAUGUCCCGAUUCAGGAGUAUGUGAGAAGCCAUCAAGGUGGACUGUCAUUAAUUAAAGCUCAUCAAAAACUAGACAAGGGACGGAAUCAACAGUGUAAUUAUAUGUAGAAUUAAUUGUUGUCUAAUAGGCAGUCUUGAAUCUUGAUGAUGAAGCAGAAGUCAGAUUCUAGUGUAAAUGAAUAAUUCAAUGACAGAUUUUUUAAGUUUAAGUUUCUAAUUUGUAUUGUUUAUACACUGAACACCAAAGAAAAAUAGGUACGUAUAAAUAUAAUUUUAGUGUAAAAUCAUGACCCUCUGUGACUCCACUAUCUCUUUUUGUAAUUUCCGGUUAGUUACUUAUCUCAUAUCAUAACUCAUAAUAGUCAUAUUAAAUAUCCCCUUUGAUAAACAAUUUUUACGGAUAAAUUAUACUCAGAAUCUUAAUAUCUAAUACGCAUGUAAAUGUAACUGUACAAUGUACAUACCUACCUAUAUUUUAAAUAAAUCCAGCAUCUCAGAGAUACAGCUCUUUAAAAAAAAUUGUCCACACGAGCUUAUCUAUUUUAUAAAAAUGGUGAUGUAGGGAAGUGGAGUAGGUACUCAGCCUCACGCAUUCGUAAUAAUAAUCUAGUCAUAUGCAUAAUUAUGUUAGUAAGUUUGGAUCAUAAUAAACUGUUAAUAUUGUACUGUA